AUGUUUUCGUUAGGAGAUUGCUUGGUAAACUACGCCCAUGAACACGUCGUGCGGGCGCACACUUGUCCUAAAACCAAAACCGGACUUGUUCAUUCAUAUCUGAGAAUUGGAGAAGGAGACGAGCGAAGCGAGGCGACACGAGUGAUGGUGGCGGUAAACGAUUCGACGAUCAAAGGGCACCCUCACCCUUCGAUUAGCUGUAAAAGAGCGUUCGAAUGGACCCUGGAGAAGAUGGUCCGAUCCAACACUGGCGAUUUCAAGAUCCUAUUGCUCCACGUACAAGUGCUGGACGAAGACGGUUUUGAUGAAGUAGACAGCGUAUAUGCUUCCCCUGAGGAUUUCCGAGACAUGCGAGAGUCUAACAAGGUCAAAGGUCUUCACCUUCUCGAGUUUUUCGUUAAGAAAUGUCACGAGAUCGGGGUUGGUUGCGAGGCAUGGAUCAAGAAAGGUGAUCCCAAGGAUGUCAUUUGCCAAGAAGUGAGGCGGGUCCGACCAGAUCUUCUGGUUUUGGGAAGCCGUGGCCUUGGCCGCUUCCAAAAGGUCUUUGUUGGGACUGUGAGUGCCUUCUGUGUGAAACAUGCUGAGUGUCCAGUCCUCACCAUCAAACGCAAUGCCGAUGAAAUCCCCAGUGAUCCUGCUGAUGACUAAAACAACCAAAUUCCUUUACAGAGUGUGCUGUGUGUGCAAAACCCAAUUUCAAGACCCUAUAUACUAUAUAUAUAUACUUGUAUGUAUGUAUUUGCUUCCAUACACUUGUGAUAUUGUCGCUCUCAAUUUCACUGCGCUUCUAUUGAGCUCUUUUGUCUCAUAAUAAGUCAUAAGCAAUUAGAAUUUACAAGGGUCUAAUAUGGUUUAA